AUGGCCACCUCAAUCUUGAUCACUGGCUCCAACCGGGGCAUCGGAAAAGAACUUCUGAGAAAGUACCUGGACUUGCCCAACAAAAUUGUCAUCUCAGGUGUCCGCGACAUCCAGCACGAAACCACGAACAGCAUUCGCGCAUUACCCGUUGCAUCUGGUUCGCGUCACAUCAUUGUAAAGAUCGACAGUGAUUCGCUCACCGAUGCUGAGGCCGCGGCCGAGGAGCUCAGGUCGCAGUAUGGCGUCACCAAGCUCGACACCAUCAUAGCCAACGCAGGAAUCGGCAAGUUUGCCAGAAUCGACCAAACUCCCAUCAGCGCGUACGUUGAUCAGAUGAAGACCAAUGCUCUUGGCCCGGUCGUCCUGUAUUUGGCCAUGAGGUCUUUGCUUCUGGAGUCCGCGAAGCCUCGGUUCGUCGUCAUCUCGACCGUGCUCGGUAGCAUCGGUCUGCAAGCUGAGCGUCCCAUUCCCGAUGCAGGCUAUGGCAUGUCCAAGGCUGCCGUGAAUUUCUUCGUUAGCAAGCUACACCAUGAAGAGUCUGCUGUCACGGCUUUCCCCAUACACCCUGGUUGGGUCCAGACCCCUCUCGGUAACGAUAUUGCAAAAGUCAUCGGCAUGAAGGAGGCAGCGAUUACCGAAGAGCAAAGCGCAGCUGGUGUAUUUGAGCAGAUUGAGAAGUCCACAAGGGAAGCGGAUUCCGGAAAAUUCAUCGACUUGAAUGGCGCGCCGAUUCCUUGGUAA